AUGCUUGUUGUAUGGGCAGCUAUCAAAACUCGAGAAUUUUCUCGAACUUUCAUUUUUCUCAUGAUAAUCACUAUCAUGAUAAUCGACACUGCCGCAUACUGCACUGUCAUUAUACACGAUGUGCCAAGCUACGCUCUCAACAUUGAUUUCUUAGCUAACGAAAUGUACUAUGUUUCGGUGCUUAUUCAAUGCUUGCAAUGGUUCACCCAACUACUUUUCCUGCCAGUAUUCUCUAUUGUUCACUUUAUGGCCAUCUUUUCUCCUAUGACAUUUCGAACCCUCUCUCAAAAACAUUUCUUGGUAGCAAACAUUGCUGUUUUAACUCUAGGCUUGCUGCUAACA